GCCCACCGACCUGACGCUCUGCGCCGCGCCGCGCCUCUCCGCCUCCGCGGCGUCGCAGCAGCGGUUGCUAGCCGACAGGCAGCUCCUGCUCUCCGGCUGGGAUGUGACAGAGGUGCGGCACCGAGAUCUGACUCAAAUCCUCGUCCACGGCCGAACCGGGAGAAGCGGGACCGUUCCGGGUUGACUCCUGCUCCCCUGAAGCGACUCUUCUUCAGGACCUUGCUCUCCUCUCUGGUUCAGGAUGGAGGACUCGGAGGCGGAGCUGGCGGUGUCGGAGUCGGACGCUCUGGGCGCGGACUUCAUCACGGUGGAGUUGGACACGCAGCCCAUCGAGUACGUGGUGAAGUGGGCGGAGGUCGGCUCCAAGUUCACCAUCUCCUGCGUGAAGAAGGACUCGGACGACCCGUCGGACCUGAGCGCCGACCAGCUGAAGAUCGAGACGGACGAGGCGUUCUUCGCCCCGUACGAGGAGGUGUACCCCUGCGAGGUGACGGAGCAGAGCGUGGAGAUAAAGACGGACUCUGACGAGGAGGAGGAGGACGAGGACGAGGAGGAGGAGCAGCACGAGGUGCUGGUGGAGGCGGGGAGCAGCCAGCUGGACGGCGAGGCCGACUCGGACCAGGCCGACUUCGAGCCGGACGAGCGACAGUACCGCUGCAGCUACUGCGGGAAGUGCUACAGCCACGCCUCCAGCCUGUACCGCCACCAGCAGACGCACACCGGGAAGAGCGCCGGAGCGCCGCCGCCCGCCAAACGGGCGCUGGAGCCGACGCACCAGGAGGCCCGGUACACCUGCCCACACUGCGGGAUGAGCUUCAAAGGCAGCAGGAUGCUGGGGAGUCACCUGCGGCUGCACGGGAAGAGGCGGAUCCACCCCUGCAACAUCUGCGGGAAGGAGUUCAACCACAGCUCUAGCCUGUCGCGCCACCGCCUCAUCCACAAGAAAGGAAAGGGCAUCCCCAAGGACAUCGCCCUCGGCCCCAACAUGGCCGCCCUGCGCCACUCGCUGAAGGCCAGCGGCAAGAACAAGAAGACCAAGAGGCAGCAGCAGCGGCAGCAGCAGCAGCAGCAGCAGCAGCAGCAGGCGGCGGUCGCCAUCGUUCAGAGUCAGGGCGGCGAUAAGUUCUACGCCUGCCCGCAGUGCGACAUGAGCUUCAGGACGUCCACGCAGCUGUCCAAACACCAGGUGACCCACGUCAAGGAGCUGCUGCACAACUACACGCCCGGCAAGGAGAACCUGGGCGAGAGCUCGUCCGACCUCAAGAUCCGCCUCAAGCUCUGCUCCCGCGACAAGCCCAACUUCUACACCCUCUGCAAGAAGAACCGCCGCCGCCGGGGAGGGCGGGGCGGCAGGCGAGGCCCCGCCCUCUCCGAGGAGGAGGAAGGGGGUGGCGGCGGCGGCGGGGGAGGGGGAGGAACCGGUCGCCACGGCUGCAGCCAAUGUGGGAAGCGAUUCAGCCACGCCUCAAGCCUGGCGCGGCACCAGCAGACCCACCGGGCGGCGGACGGCGUCGUGCGAGGGAAGUUGCAGCAGCACCAGAAGCAGCAUCACAUCAAGACCGGACUCCCCGCCGCCAAGACCAAGACCUACACCUGCGCGGCCUGCAACAAGACCUUCAUGCACUCGUCCAGCUUCUCGCGCCACAAGAAGGCUCACAUGGAGGAGGAGCAGCGGGCGCACGCCGCCGCCGCCAAGCGCCGGAAGAGAGUCGUGUUAGACGAGACCGCGCCGCUAGAGUCCGACUCUGAGUGACGUCACCCGGCGCUGAACUGGGUGUGGACUGGUUCUAGACCUGUUCUAGGUUGGUUCUGAAUCAGCACUGACUGGUUCUGGACUGGUUUGGGACCAGUUCUGGAAAGGUUCUAAUUUUGGAAGAUUUCUGGACCAGUUCCCCACCAGUUCUGGACCAGUUGGGGACAGAUUCUGGGUAAGUUUGGUUGUCCAGGUUUCGGGAACUGGAACUGGUUGAUUCUUCUCUGGUGUAGAUAGCAGCAGGACAUCCAUAUAUGGUCGUAUGGCGGGGGGAUCUCCACAUAUGGUCGUAUCCAUAUAUGAUCAGAACUGACCGUUAGCGAUUUGCUCUUAAGGAUGGGAUUAGAUUUAAAGUGUUACCCUGAUGCCCCGCCCCCCUCCCCCUCCACCUGUCUGUUAGGUUGCACCUGGACGCUGUUCGCCUCAAUCCCCGCCCCUCUCUCCGCACUCCAUUUCCCAUCAGCCACUUAGGGAGCGAGCUUGGAGCUACUGGGAACCAGAGUCAGCUUCUCGUCUGUCCGUCUCAGGCCGCCAUAUUUCCCAUCAGCCCCCCCCCCCCCCCCCCCCGGGGGGGGCCUGUAGAUCUGACCACUCACAGUCAGAACUCAGCAUGCAGAGCAUUAUGGGAAACUGAGUCUCCACAGAAAUGAUUGAAACCAACAGUAAUUGAUUGAAUUUAUUUAUAAAGGUGCUGAGAUCAGACUGCAGCAGGUCAGUUUGUUGUUUUGUUUUUUUUACAGAAGUUUAUUAACGACAAACAAAAACCACAAAAACAUUUUCUGGUUCCAGCUUCUCACAUGUGACGGUAGCAAGUUAAUGAAAGGCAUCACUCUUUUCCCAUUAUUAGUUUUUAACAUUUCAUAUCUAAAUGAUUAAUCUAUAAAAAAAAAAGAUCAGCAGAUUAAUUGAUAAUGAAAAUAACUGAUAGUUGCAGCCCUGUUUAUAGGUUCAAUCCUCUUUUGUACAAUUUUAGGGGAAAAAAUUAGAAAUCUGGUAUAAAACUAAAAAUAAUUGUCAGUUUUGACGUUAAUAAACUUCCGUACAGGUCUGAUCGGAGGCGGAGCAGCGACUCCUCCGCUCGUCUCCAUCUUUGUUUUCUUUCUUACCUUUUUUUUUUUUUUUUUUUUUUUCCUCUCAGACGUCACCGACCAGUUCCCUCCUGAGUGAUUUUGAUUGGCUGAAGUUCUUAUUGGCACAAUGUUCUGAUUGGUUAACUGUGUUAUAGCUUUGAUAUUUAACAUUUUUAAAAAAAGGUUAAGAUGUGAAAUCCGAGCAGACGUGCUGAUUGGUCGGAGCCGGCGUUCCUCCACGUUAACGUAUGCAUGAAGACUAUAACCUGCAGCUAGUCGGCCAUAUUUGUAGUUUUUCCAGCAGGGUGUGUUUGAUUUUUUUUUUUGCUGCUGCUGCUCUGACCGACCUGCUGCAUCUGACGUUUGGAUUUCUCGUUUUAGCAGCAGAGUCGUCGUGUUUGUGGAGAUGGAAGAGGAAACUGCACUACUUAUUUAUGAAUUUGGAAUAAUGUUGUAAUAUAUAAAUAUAAAUGGUAUUUAAAUGUGAUUCACAAGUUUAAAAAAAAAAAAAGAAAAAAAAAAAAAAGGAGCAUCUAGGCGGCCAAGCCUGACCUAGCUGUCCUCGUUACCGUAGCAACACCACCGCCACCCUCAUCUUUAAGCAUCAUCACCAUCAUCAUCAUCUUCAUCAUCAUCAUCAUCAACAGCAGACAGGAAAAGACUCCGACGCGUCGUUCAGCAGACGUCCAGUAAAUUAGAAUGAUGAUGAUUUUGUGACAGUUUCGGGCGAUUUACUGCAACGAUGAAAAAAAAGUUCAAUAGGCGACAAAUUUGGUAAAUUCUCUGAUAAACGGGAGAUUCUGGCGUCAUUAAUUAGAUACAAACAGGAAGCAGCUGUUUCCACAAAAUAAAUGUGUGAAUUUCAGCAAAUUUGGACUUAAAAUUGGACGUCUGUCUGAGGAAACAUCUGGACUGAAACGGGUCAAA